GGCAGCGGCAAAGGCAGCAUGGCCGACGAUGGCGGCCCUGAGGAGGCGCUCAGUUCGCCGGGCUCCCCGAGCCGGGCGCCGCGGGCUCAGCGUGCGGUCGGGGCAGCCAGCGGCGGCGGCGGCUGCGGGGAGACCCCGCGGACAGCGGCGCUGGCGCUGCGCUUCGACAAGCCCAUCAAGCAGGCCUUCUACAACACCGGGGCGGUGCUGUUCGUGUGCCUGUGCUGCGGCGCCGCCGUGCUCGUCUACUUCAUCCUGGAGGCCUUCCUGCGCCCGCUGCUCUGGGCCGUGCUGUGCGGCACCUUCCUGCACCCCUUCAAGAGCUCGCUGACGCGCCUGGGGCGCCACUGGCUGCAGCGCCUGCACCGCGCGCACACGCCCAUCGUGCUGGCCGCGCUGCUGCUGCCGAUCUGCUUCGCGGACUACGGCGUGGAGGCCCUGGGCGAGCAGGCGCUGCGCCGCCGCCGCCUGCUGCUGCUGCUGGGCGCCGGCGGCCCGCUCCUCUACGGCCUCUACAGCCUGGGCAGCUACCUGGGCGUGCAGGUGCUGCUGGCGCACGCGGGCGCGCUCAUCUGCAGCGGGCUGGACUACUUCAACAGCCUGUGGAUCUGGACCUUGGUAGUUGGCUAUGUGUUGGCUGUUUCAUUCAAGUGGAAUGCAAGCACUGAACGCUACUUGAGAGCAAUGUCAAUUCCUGUCUGGAUUAUAUUGCUUUUUCAUUUAGCAUCCUUGGCUGGCGCAUGGAGAAUUCCAGUAUUCCUGGUUAUUGUUUUCCUGAUGUCUGUGGGCACCCUCUAUGAAAAACAGAAUGGAAAAGAGUCUUCUGGAGCAGAGUUACCAGGACAAGUUAUCUCCAUGGCAGCUUCUACUCUAGCAACCUUGGCCAUCUCUAUCACAGGGUAUGAAUCAAGCACUGAGGACCACACCUCUACCCAGCCUGCAGAAACCAUGGACAGGGGAGAACCCCCUCCAGCACUGUCCUCAUCUUCUUCACCCACCUCCCCUACAACUCUGGGCAGACAGAGAUCUGAAGUUGGAACGUUUCUUAGGAAGAAGAGAACUAGUGACGUCUACUUUGUGUCUCUCCUCUGGGCCAUCGUCGGAGUCCAGAUCUGGUCAAACCUGUGGAUUGUACAGUUGCUGCCAGUGCCUAUUGCAGUCUGGGUACUCAAAAAGCUUGUUAUUCACUUUGGCGUUGUGAACUUCCUGGAGAAGCGCUGCGCUGUGUGGUGGGAGACCACGGAGCGCUUUCUGAAGGAGCGGCAGCAAGCCCUGGCCCCGUGGCCGAUCAUCGGGCUCGCGAAAUUCUUGUUAAAAGUUGAUAGCAAGCUCUGGCACUGGCUAAAUAAGAAGAUGAUCAUCUGGUUGGAGAAGAUGUUAGACAAAAUAAUUAGCAUUUUCAUCAUAUUUUUGUUAGUGAUAGGAACACUUCUUUUAGCCCUACUCCUGACUGCAAAGGUACAUCAAGAGAGUGUACACAUGAUUGAAGUCACAAGCAAUUUGAUUAAUGAAACUCUAGCAAAUCAUCCUGAGUGGGCAAAUUGGCUUCCCGAGGCUCAGGUUGUCCAAAGAGCCCUUAAUUCUGCAGCCAACAACGUAUAUCAGUAUGGACGAGAAUGGAUAACCCACAAGCUUCAUAAAAUUCUCGGAGAUAAGGUGAAUAAUACGGCCGUAAUUGAAAAACAAGUGCUAGAACUUUGGGAUAGGCUGUAUCAUUCUUGGUUUGUAAAGAACGUAUCACACUCUGGAAGGCACAGAGGGCACAAGCUGCACAUAAGUCGUCAGAAUAGCUGGCUGGGGGACAUUCUCGACUGGCAGGAUAUCGCUUCCUUUGUCCACGAGAACAUUGAGACAUUUCUUUCGAUCUUAGAGUCUCUGUGGGUCGUCAUGAGCCGGAACGUGAGUCUGCUCUUCUCCACCGUCACCACGCUCCUGACCAUCCUUUUCUACAGCGGGACUGCCCUCCUCAACUUUGUCCUGUCGCUGAUAAUUUUCCUGACCACACUAUUUUAUCUGUUAAGUUCCAGUGAUGAGUACUACAAGCCAGUGAAGUGGGUGAUAAGCCUGACACCACUAUCUCAGCCAGGUCCUUCUUCUAAUAUUAUUGGCCAGUCUGUGGAAGAAGCUAUCAGAGGGGUGUUUGAUGCUUCCCUCAAAAUGGCUGGCUUCUAUGGAUUAUAUACCUGGCUGACUCAUACUAUAUUUGGCAUCAAUAUUGUCUUCAUACCAUCAGCCUUAGCAGCAAUCCUUGGAGCAGUGCCAUUUCUGGGCACAUACUGGGCAGCAGUACCUGCAGUUCUUGAUCUGUGGCUUACCCAAGGCUUAGGAUGCAAAGCCAUCUUACUGUUGGUUUUUCAUCUCUUGCCAACCUACUUUGUAGAUACUGCCAUCUAUUCUGAUAUAUCAGGAGGUGGCCAUCCUUACUUGACGGGCUUGGCAGUGGCUGGUGGAGCUUACUAUCUGGGCCUGGAAGGAGCAAUCAUUGGGCCCAUACUUCUCUGCAUACUCGUGGUCGCUUCCAAUAUUUACAGUGCCAUGCUAGUGAGUCCCACGAACUCAGUGCCCACACCCAACCAGACCCCAUGGCCUGCUCAGACUCAGCGGACUUUCCGUGACAUUUCUGAAGACCUGAAACCUUCGGUAGACUGACUUGGUUUCCAACCGCAGUGAUUUCUCUAAGGAAAUUCAACCUUGACUGUGAGUUCAGCUCAGCUGUGGCCUCCUGUCCUUUCAGCCACGCCUGGCAAACAGAGCCCAGGACGAGACGCAGGAGCCUCCUGGCCUUCCGUACGGAAUGCCUGGACAAGAGAGGACUGGCUGUGGGCUGCUUUGCAUUUUGAAGCACAGCUUUAGAGCUCAGAAAUGUGAUUUACUCACUUAAGUGUUGCUAAGAUGGCUUGAAAAGUUUCAGUUUAUACACUGGUAUUGUGGCUUGAAAUUUUCCCACUUUGGUUAUCUAUAUUAUAAUACGUAUUUAUAACUUUUUUUUUAAGAGCCGUAAUCUACCUGCUGUAUAUAGUGUGACUUUCUCCUGUUUUAAGAAAUCUGUCCUUAAACUUUUCUACGACAGUCACUUUUCAAUGAAGAGGGCUUUCACUUUUGAGAAUAUUGUUGCUUGAGCAGGAAAAAUGAGUCUUCUCCCUUCUUCCACAAUGUAUGGUCCUCUCAUAAGAAAGAUCAAGUCUUCAGUGUAAGGGUGGGUGGCUUAUCUGAAGUUCAGUUAGUUGUAUGUUGCAACCAUAGGAGAAGAGAGACCGAAGCCCUUCCUCCCCUUCUCCCUCUUUCCCCUAUUACACUAUUGCCAAAUUUCUAAACCUUGGCUGACCACACUGAAAUUAGUUAAGUAUUAAGCUGCUAUUAAUGGUGACAAUAUGAUAGAAUUCAUGUUGUGAUUUUUUUUUUUUUCCUUUCCAAAUGUUUUAAGUAAAAAAAUCUCAGGGGCAGCAGUGUUCUGAUUUGUUAAAUGUCUCUGUUUUACCAUUUAGAAUUUGGCCAAUUAGUUACUAGCAUAAAAUUUUGUAUCGGUGUAGUAUUUUCCCAUCAUUUAGCACAGUGCCUUGCACACAGACUCUAGAUGAAUGCUUGUUGAAUUAAAUCGUGACUUUUAAAAUAUCUCAGAUAUCACAAUAACCAGCAUACUGCUCUACAUUUUACAAAAUCUUUUUGCACAUAUCAUUUCAUAGUCACUUCACAUCAGCUUUCAUACAGCUUCAUAUUAUUUUGUGUUUGACACAGAUGGGGAAGCUAAGGUUCAGAAAAGUGACCAACUCCAAGUUAUGAAGUUUAGUAAAAUUUGACCUCAGAUCUUUCUUACUCAACAGUCUGCCAACCUUGCUAUACUCCAGUGACUCCUUUAGUAUCUUUUUUAAUAUAAAUUUAUUUAUUUUAAUUGGAGGCUAAUUACUUUACAAUAUUCUCUUUUAGUAUCUUAACACAGUUUUUCCAGUGCUUUGAGGUAGAAUCAUGUCCUGUUCUAUUGCAUAGACUACAGUUAAUGACAGGGCUAGGACUAGAACCCAGCUUUUACCUUUGUGCCCUUUCCCUAUUGUAAAGCAACCUUCAGCCUCUUUCUCUGUCCCCAAAGGAGUAUUCAGUAUGGUGGAGAGAGGAUUCUUAAGUAACAAAGAUUUCCUUUUUGGGAAGAACAUUUAAAAGUAGAAAUCGUUUUUUCUAAAACAUUUUCUCAUUAAGAAGCAUAAUUAAUGAUAAUUACAUUAAAUUUAUUCUGAUAUUACUUAAGAAAAACUUGGUCUAGAAAAGAGGCUACUGCGAGGUCUUUGUCUAUACAAUAAACUAUAUGCAGAUCUCAUAUUUCCUAUGAAUCCUUCAACAGUUACAGUCUGAUAUUCAACCAAGUGCUGCAUUUGGCAUUGAAAGUGAAAGUGAAGUCGCUCAGUCGUGUCCGACUCUUUGUGACCCCGUGGACUGUAGCCCACCAGGCUCCUCCGUCCAUGGGAUUCUCCAGGCAAGAAUACUGGAGUGGGUUGCCAUUUCCUUCUCCAACAUUUGGCAUUAAUUAACUCAUUCUUUCUUUAAUCACUUGUUCAGACAUUCAUUCUGCAAAGCAUUGGUUGAGAGUUUCCCAAACUCUGGGUUCCAUGCUGGGCACUGUACAGGGUGCUGUAGGGGAUAGCUCAUAAGAAGGCCUUUUCUUACGUUAAAUCUUGGCCAGAUUAUGUGUAUUGCUAAAAUUAAAAAUGUUGCAUUAAAAGUUUUAAGAAAUCAGGUUUGUUUUUGUUAAUGAUAUAAUGAUAAGUUUACAGCUGUGAUUAGCACAUAUUUAUAAGAGGUAAAUAUUAUGCACAAUGAGUUAGUGUGCAUAUACAAAUUAUGUUCCUCCAAAGUGUUUUUAGCUCUAUAAAGUGAAAUGGUAAACAUAUAAACUUGAGGUUAAUACAUGGUUCUUCCUGGUCAUAAUUGUUAGUAUGAAUACUAGGUCUUUAGAGGGGAACUCUGAGCCCUAAGAGAGGAGUUUAGAGCUGUCAAAGUUGAUUCUGAUGUAGUAUCACCCUGAAAUAUCAAGAGCAGAGAUGCCCCAGACUACUACCCAGUCAUAUCAGGAAACUUGAACUGCCCCAAUGCUCCAUCCAGCAAGAUGAUCUCAGGAUUUGACCCAGAAAGAGAACAUUUCCCUAAAAGCAUAUAAUUGAUGAAGUAUACGUAGCUUCAGUAAAAACUAAGUACAGAAAUCCUAUCACAGUGUUCUGCAUUUUAUCACUUUAUUAAAGAUAAGUUUGAAGCUCACAUUCACUACUUAACUGUAAACUGAAUGGAGGGGAAAAAACCUCCCCACACAGUAUGCGCCUCUCUUUGCCGAGAGAGAACAGGGCAUAGGAUUUUCAGCAUAAACCCAUGCCAUGUAAGUCCAGCGUCAGUUCCAAAAUUUCGAUCACACUCUCUGUUUCUGGAAGUGAUCUCUGCCAGACUGCCUUAGAUACCAGUUUUAUUUAUUUUUAAGUUUGCAGGAAUUCUUAACACCCAUUUCCAUUAAAGGUGGUUAGCUGGCAGAGUUUUCCCUUGACUUUUGAGACUGGUGCAGAUUGACUCUUGAUACCCAAGAAAUGUUAUUUAAACAAACUGAGUAGCUUUGGAAAUAGCAGUUUAUUCCACUUGGCGGGCUUGCAGAUGAGGUCCUCUGGCUAACCUUGGUCUUAAUAAGAACCUGCUGUGACCCCUCUGGACUUUCUAGUACCUCUGGUUCCACUUUGGUUGUAUUCAGCGUUUCAGGAUGUGUCACUACAGAGCCAUAUUUACUCAGAAAUUCAGGCCAUGAGGCGUUAGCCUAGAGCAAAGUAAUGUCAGGUGAGCUCACCAAAGCUUUCAACCUCAAGGUUUAUAGGAAAAUUGCGGUCUCCACUAAGGGUCUUCCAAGACCCUUAUAAAAGUACUAGAGCAGGCAUUUUGCAGUAGAAAUAGUCCCUGGCAACAUAGUUCCAAAUGUUAGUUCCAGCCAAGGACAAGUAGUUUUUUGUUUUUAUGUAUUUCUUGUCUUUGCACAUUUUGCCAUCAAAAUAUAUUCAUUUCAUUAACUUAUGCACACAUGCAUGCUAAGUUGCUUCACUCAUGUCUGACUCUGUGACCCCAUGGACUGUAGCCUGCCAGCCUCCUCUGUCCAUGGAAUUCUCCAGGCAAGAAUACUGGAGUGAGUUCCCAUUUCCUCUUCCAGGGGAUCUUCCUGACCCAGGGAAGGAACCUGAGUAUCCUCUGUCUCCUGUAUUGUCAGGCAGAUUCUUCACCCCUACCGCCACCUGGGAAGCCCCAAGAGGAAGUUCAUUUCAGUUCAGUUCAGUCCCUCAGUCACGUACGACUCUUUGCGACCCCAUGUAUCACAGCACACCAGGCCUUCCUGUCCAGUGUUCAGUAAUUAUGUUUCAAAAUCUCAUUUUAUUUGGAAAUGACGUAGCUAUUCAAUAAACUUUCAUCACUUAGUUUAGUUACUCCAAUCUGGAGAGACUAUUUUAGAUAGACAUUCCUACUAAAGUAUAAUUAUUCUUAAUAGAGUUUGUCUGAAAGCUAUUGUCUCAUUUAUAUUUUUCUUUUUUAAAGUUUCUUCACUCGAGUUACUUUCCUUGUUGACAAAUUUAGCUUACAUUAACUUAAGAUCUGCAAAAAAAAAUACUCAUGCUAUAUGAAACCACUAAACAGUUAAUUGUUUUGAUAGUUUAAAAAUAAGAGAAUUAUAAACCAACAUGUUCUGUCUGCUUCCUGGAGUCAUAGAAAUUCUGUGCUAGAAUAGGCCUUAUAUAAUUAGGUGAUCCUGUCAUUUAACAGAGAAGGAAACAAGUCCAUAGGUUGAAGUGUCUUUUCUAACAUGGCGCCCGUCAGUGACAAUUCAGAGUAGAGUCAGUUCUUUUUUCUCUCAGUCCAUUGUUAUACUUCUUUUCCCUUUCCCUCCUAGUUGAGUUGUUGUUACCUCGGUAAGUCGUGUCUGACUCUUUGCGACCCCUUGCAGCUUGCCAAUUUUGGAAAAAAUGUGUUCCUUAUAGCAGUAGUUCCAAGGAAUGUUGUUAGAUGUUCUAAGUGAAUGAAAGUGUAUAUGGAGUUGGGGGAAGGGACUCUAUGGUAAGUUAAAACUGAGGAAUGCUGAAUUUGUUUCCUUUCUGAAGUAGAACUUCGAAGUGUUUUUAACAUGCUAUUAUAUAUUGUGAAUUUAUAAGAGGGGACAAAGACUCUGUUUACGAGACUUAUUUGACCUUAAACUACACCUUCAUCCUCUUUUUCUCAGAGCAUCUCAAAGAACUUGGGGUCCUUUGGGAAACAUGGCUCUCGAAUAAAAGUUUACAGCUCUUUUGGAAGACAUCCGUAAUAGAAUUCUGAAUGGCAGGCACAUCUGCCAUGUAAACUGUAAUAUAUCUCAAAGUUUAGUGAAAUACCAGAAAAAAACUGUAUUUGCCAUUCAGAGCUAUACAUCAAGUAUAGAGAUUCUUUUCCACCUAUGGUGUGUAAAGUCAGUAUUUGUGUUUUACUUUUGAAAGUUUUUCAAAGAUCAGUUAGAGUGCAGAUGCAGUGGUGAUAUAUUGAUAUGACAUUUUAAUAAUGCUUUUGUAUUGCACUUUAUAGGUUUCAGACUGCUUUCGUAACAACCCUGUGAGAUAGGCAGGCAUCAAGUAUUAUCAGAUCAAAGCUCAGAAAGGUUUUUUGUGAUCUUUCCCUUAAAUUUAUACCACAAAAUGAUGGAGCCAGAGUUCAGUUGCACAAAUUCUGACUCCAAAUCCAGAGUUCUGUACUCCACACCUGGUUUCUUACUUUUUAUUCUAGCUUUAUAUAUUACUCUGAAAGCUGUGGUAACAAAUUUUAAAACAUUGUUUUGGCUUAUUAUCAAAUACUGUUUUUAAUGGCAGUGACCCAGACAAUGUAACUCCAAUUGUAAUUAUUCCAAAGAAAACCCUUCUUUUGUGCUUUGCAGUGCCACUUGUCUAGGUGAUUGGAGUGUAUUUCAAAUACCAUUUGAUUUUGAAGCCAAGAUUCGCUAUAUAGUUGUUAUUGCUCAUGUAACUUGUGGCAAAUGUAUCAUCUCUGCAUUCUCAGGCAAAGUAGAGAUGGUUUGAAAGUAAAAAAGAUUAUUCAGAUAUAACCAUGUGUCUUUAUCCUCACAAAUGCUGUUUCUUAGCUUUAACUUGUUUUGACAACCUACUGAUGUAACAUCUUUGUAAAUGUAAAAAUAUUUAUAUUUUGAAAUAAAAUUACUAGUGUUGAAUGAA